AUGGCCGAAAAAGAGCUCAAAGAGAUCAGCAAGGCUGAACUGGCCAAGCACAACACCAAGGAGGAUCUCUGGUUCAUCAUUCACAACAAGGUGUACGAUGUUACCAAGUACCAGACCGAACACCCUGGUGGAAUCGAGGUGCUCAUGCAACUCGCAGCCGACGACGCCUCGGAGAUGUUUGAAGCAACGGGGCAUUCCGAUGAAGCCAGAAAGAAGCUCGACAAGCUCAUCGUAGGCCAGCUUCCAAGUGAAGACCGAGAAGACGACGUCGAAGUCUUCCACAAAGUAUACCCGGACACGCAUAACCCUGAUCUCAAGCCGCUCGGCAAGGAAUCUUACGCUCUCUUCUUGGGGCUCACGGGAAUGGUCGCAUACUGUACAUCCAAGGUGUCCUCCCGCUACCACCUUGGUCAGCGCUUCCGCCACUUGCUCUCACAGCCCUUCAACCAAGGUGUUUUGAUCGCCUUUGUCGUCUCGGGCGGCAUCGGCGGGUAUGUCCUGUUCAAGAGCAUCAAGUACCUCAUCCCACAGUCUCAUCCGAAAGGCGGACCCACCUAUCGCCCAGACGAUCAGCCACACGUGGCUCGCAAGACGCACGCGGUGCCCAAACGAUCUCGAGACGUCUGCCCGCUCAGCAAGACCGAGAGCAAAAAGCUUUUGCUGCAGGACAAGCAGCAGCUGUCGCACGACACCUGGCAGUUUACCUUUGCACUUCCUCGAACGGACAGAACGCUUGCCAUUCCAGUUGGUGCCCACGUUGUCAUCGAGGCAGAGAUCAAGGGGAAGAAGGUUACGCGCUCCUACACGCCAGCCUCAUCUCCGACGACCGUGGGGACGUUCGAUCUAGCUGUCAAGGUCUAUCCCGACGGCAAGAUGGGCACAUGGCUCCGGUCUUUGACGCCCGGCAAGGACUCGGUGGCCCUGCGUGGACCGAAGGGAUCGAUGGACUACCACCGCGGCUGGGCCAAGUCGAUUCUCAUGAUCGCUGGCGGUAGCGGUAUCACGCCCAUGUUCCAGCUCUUGCUCUCCAUCUGCGAGGAUGAAAAGGACGAGACCAAGAUCGUGCUGCUCUUUGCCAACAAGACCGAGGAGGACAUUCUGCUCAAGGACCAGCUCAAUGCUCUUGCCGACAAGAACAAGCAGCUCGAAAUUAUUCACGUCCUCAGCGACCCCGACGAAAGCUGGGAGGGUCCGAAAGGAUUCAUCACCAAGGACAUCAUCAGGCCGCAUGUCUCUGAUCCCAGCGACAAAGAAAACAGGGUCCUUCUCUGUGGUCCUCCGCCCAUGGUUGACGCCAUGAAGAAAGCAACCGUGGAAUUGGGCUACGACACUGCCAAGCCUAUAAGCACGAUGAAGGAUCAAACCUUUGUCUUUUAA